CACCCCAAGCUUGGCCCCAUAAAGCCCUUGGCGGUUUCUGGUGCUAGAAAUUAAAUGGCAGGAGGAUGUAUGAGGUGGGGGGGAAAUCUUUAAUUCAGACCACAUUGGAGAAGCAAGGAGCCUCGUCUCCAGCCUAGGCGGGGGACAGGGACUUGGGUCCGAAGCUGUGACUGCCCAGCCCUGAACCUUGCUGGCAGCUGACCUUUGACCUCUCACCUGAGCCCAGCCCACCUUUAAGGGCUCCAGGCUGGAAUCCCGGUUCCUCGAAUAGGAGCCCAAGCAGAGGCGAGUGGGGGCAGGCAGCCCAGCUCCCCAUAGGGCCCCGGCGGCAAGGGAGGCGGGCCUUGUGCAGUGGCUUGGCCUCCCUCCUUAUCCGCUGGCAGCACCUGCUCUCCUGCUUGCUUGGAGGCCGAAGUUCAGCUGCAGCUGGCUGGAGGACGUGGAGCCACAUGGACGGGCAGGCGAGUGCCUCCCUCCCCCCCAGGAGUCAGCCAGAGAAGAUGAUCCUGCACAAGCAGCUGGAGGCCCUCAGCGUCCUGCAGUGGGUGCUGACCUUCCUCUUCUUCGGCCUCUUUUUCACCCUGCUUCUCAUCUACCUGCUCUUCACCUCCUUCUGGUUCCUGAGCGUGGUCUACUUCAUCUGGUGGAUUGUGGACUUGGACACCCCCAUGCAAGGAGGCCGUCGUAGUGAGUGGAUGAGGCGCUGGAAGGUCUGGGAGCUGCACAGGAACUAUUUCCCCAUCAAGCUGGUGAAGACUGCUGAACUGCCACCCAACAGAAAUUACAUCCUGGGGUCCCACCCCCACGGCAUCAUCUGUGCAGGAGCCUUUUCUGCCUUCAGCACAGAGGCAUGUGGCUUCUCCCGGGCCUUUCCUGGCCUGACCUCCAGCCUGGCCCUCCUUGCUGGUCUCUUCUACCUGCCCAUGUAUCGCGAGUAUAUGAUGAGCUCAGGGAUGGUGCCAGUCAGCAAGAGGUCCCUGGACUUCCUGCUCCGAGCAGGGCCCGGACAUGCGGUGGUCAUCGUGGUGGGCGGGGCCACAGAGUCCCUGGACUGCAACCCAGGCGAGCAGCGCGUGCUUCUCUCGGGCAGGCGAGGUUUCGUGCGGCUUGCGCUACAGCACGGGGCAGACCUCGUCCCUGUCUUCUCCUUCGGAGAGAAUGACAUUUUCCGGCAGGUUCAGUUUCCUGAGGGCAGCUUCCUCCGCCGUUUCCAGCUUCGCUUCAAACAGCUGGUCGGCUUCGCUCCCUGCCUUUUCGUGGGGCGCAGCCUCUUUUUCAGCCACUGCUGGGGGCUCCUGCCCCAGCCCUCCCCCAUCACGGUUGUGGUGGGGAAGCCGAUCCUCGUCCCUUUGCGUCCACACCCCAAACCGGAGGAGGUAGACCGCUACCAUGCCCUCUACGUCCAGGCACUGCAGCAACUCUUCGAGGAGCACAAGGGCAACUGUGGCCUCCCCUCCUCGCAGCAGCUGUUCAUCAUCUAGGGACCCCCUCCCCUGCCAGGGAGCCCGGCGCCUGUCUCUGCUGCAGGCUCAGGUGGGGUCCCCUCUUCUGCUCCCCAGUCCCAAUAAAGAGUGUUACAUUU